AUGAACAAGCUGGCACAAUACCUUGACUCGUCCUUCCCUCGACCUGCGCCAAUCAUUCUCGACAUCAUAGGAUCUCGAGCUUUGGCAUACAUGGUCACGAAGGUCGAACCUGCUGUCACCGAGGAUAUGAUUAAGUUACCCAAAUCGGCAGAUGGAAUCGACAACUUUUUGGAGGGGGGCAGCCUGUCAGCAUUACUCCGAGUUGCUGACCACAACACUUCCUUCGCCCAGACCGUAAAGCAGGGAUACAUCAAAUUCGAGAAGCGGAAGGCAUGGGCUAAGAUGUCGGGGCAAGGUUUCCAGAGCAAGGAGGGCCCAGCAAUCAUCUUCACCCCCUCAAAGAAGCAGAAGCAACGACGAAUGGCUGCCGCGUCGAAGACGAAAUAA